AUGACCGUACCUGAGCAGCAGCAGCGGCAGCGGCAGCGGGAGCAACGGAAAGAGCUGUCACCGGGGCCAGCUACGUCGGUGUCUACACCCAACGGACAACCGAACGGACAGCCGCUCGCUGGACAAAACGGAAUCGCCUCUCAUACUGAACUCGCCCCGAACCAUGGAACGAACGACGUAAUCGUUACUGAACAGCAUCGUCAUCAACAACAGCAACAACCGCAAUCAACGGUUCACUACGCACACUCACAUACCUCAUCCGUCUCGCCACAUAAUACAAAUACCCAGCCCGCCGCCGCCUCAACUCCUAAUCGCACCUCUGUCGUCAGUCGCGAGGGCUCUUCUACUCACUCCUCCAACUUCGACGAGAUGCAACACCCGGAGUCAGACGGAGAUCACUAUCAGACCGAUAAUGAGAUCGAAAUGGGUGGUACCGGAGAUGCCGGACCUUCAGGUACAGGUCCUGCAGGUACCUCAGGGGCUGCAACAACAAAUUCAAUUACAGCAGCAGCAAACGCGGUAACCGCUGCAGCAGUGGCAGCAGUGGCAGCAACAGCAAACGCUGCUGGCGGGCCUCCAUCGAAGAAGAAAAAAGGCCAGCGGUUCUAUUGCACCGAGUUCCCGCCUUGUAAUCUCAACUUCACUCGAAGCGAACAUUUAGCCAGACAUAUCAGAAAACAUACUGGUGAACGGCCAUUCCAGUGCCACUGCUCUCGCCGGUUCUCCCGCCUUGACAACCUCCGCCAGCAUGCUCAGACUGUCCAUGUCAACGAGAACAUCCCGUGUGACUCCCUCGCAGCCAGCGGAACCCGAUUCCAGCGCCAGGUACGCACAGAUCGUGUACGACAUAACGGAAGAGCCCGCGCGGGGACCGCCGGCAGCCAUUCACACAGCCACAGCCGUAAUCUGUCUACCUCCAGCAUCUCAUCGAACAUGUCUAGCUAUGCCCCACAGCACCAGGAGCUACGACGAAGGCCACAACCGUUGAUGAUGGCCGGAUCUGGUGCUGAACACCACCAUCACACUCGCAGCAGACAUUCUCUAUCAUUAGAGACCAGAGCCGAGCCCCCCAAAACACCUCCAAAUCAGUCCUCUGCGCCUGGUCCUACGUUCACGCCUUCAUCGGCUACAUACGAUCAGUCGAGCCCUUACUAUGCCUCCCCAAGUUCUGCUUACGGUUCUUCGCACUGGCCGGACCGCAACAUUGGUCGCCGUUUAUCAGUGCCAACAAGUACGAGGCCAUUUGACCCGUCGCAUCAAAACUAUCCCAGCCAGCCCCCGUAUACUCGCAUGACCCAUCCGCCAUACCCUAGUCAAUCAAUAGCACCGGCGCCGCCCCCCGUAAUGGCUCCCGCGCCAACAGAUCCGGCCCAAUAUGCAGCUGUAACACCAACCAGCGCAAUAGACUCGGGGUUUGAAGCCGAUCCCCGACGAAGGACAUGGCAUCCCUCUUCAUACACUGGUUUCGCACGCCCUCCUCAAGCUACCAGCGGCCUCUGGUAUCAGCAGUCCGCUGAAGCACCCGGUGCAGUUCCAGGUGGAAACGUCAAUGUACCUCCAUUAUCUUCACCUUCGCAGCCGACAACAACUCGCCUGCCGGGUAUCGAAUCCUUUGACCAUGUUCCACCACGCCUGGAAUACAAUCGAGAACGAGAGGCCAGCCCAAGGAGUUAUGACCGCCACCCCUACCAGCCUCAACCAUACUCCCAACCGCCACCCCCGCCGUCACACCUGAUGGGCAGCGCCCCAUUCGCACCGACGUUCAAUGCUGGUCCCCGGCCCGCCCCGCCAUUCUCUGGUGCAGAGCAUAGGCGCGGCCAGUUAUCUCUAGAUACCACCUUACAGCGCACCUUGACUAGACUAGACCUCCACGGCAACAGUAGUUCUGGUGGUAGUGCCAAGGACGCAGCAAGUUGGAGCCAAGCAACGAUGGGUGAACUGCAAAGUAUUGGCUCACGGCCAUCCACGGGAGCCGGUACUGGUCCCCUGAAGGAAGAUGAAGAUGAGAUGGAAGCAGACGAAGGACCUGGACCAAGUGUUCCUACCGAAACAUCCCCUACACAUCACCAGCCAGUACAAUAUGAGAUGAAUGCAGCAGAUUACCAUUCACACAGAGUUCAUCAGCUACUACUACAACAGCAGCAAGAGCAGCAGCAUCAGCAACUGCUUCCCACUACGACUAGCGGUGGUGAAGGAUUAGGCCGUCUACAAGCCUUGGUCGACGUUGCUACGAGUGAAACCGAACAAGCAAAAUAUAAACCUGACGAUCCGGCUCAAGGAUAA